UGCACUCGGGUGACGUUUCCGAACGCAGCCCUGGUGUUGUGAGUAGUGUGAUUGAAUAUCGCUGAAACGAUAUGCAAACGUUUGAAAAACGCAUAUUGCGAUACUUUUUAAAAUACGUGUAAAUACUAAAUAUUGCAAGCAACUACGAACUCCGUUAAAUUUUAAUCACAUGUAACCCAAAUAAAACGGAGGAAUUGCCGAUAAUUCAUAACCUCUUAAAAUGUCUGACGACGAGGAUUUGGUUUACGUGAAGAAACAGAAAACUGUACAUUAUGGGUCUUUGGAGGAGGCAGAACGUGCACGACUUGCAGCUGCCGUUGAAACUGCAGAUGAAGAAAAGGAUAUCACAAAUUCGAACGAUGUCGCUAAUGUUUCUGCCUCAGGGGGAAAUGUACAUAUCUCAAACGAGUAUAUGGAGCUCGAGGACGAAAUGUCCAAAGAUCGGCAGGCACUAUUGGAAGAAUUCGAACGUAGGAAAAAGGCCCGACAAAUUAAUGUUUCUACAGACGACUCUGAAGUAAAGAAACACUUGAGACAGUUGGGUGAGCCAAUUUGUCUAUUUGGAGAAGGUCCAGCAGAUAGAAGAACAAGAUUAAGAGAAUUAUUAGCCAGCGUGGGGGAGGACGCUAUUAAAAAGAAACACGAAGAGGAAGAAAAACCAUCUCACACAAUCGAGAAGGAUACGGAGUCAACUUGGUACCAUGAGGGUCCAGAUUCUCUGCAAAUUGCACGGUCAUGGAUAGCAACGUAUUCAUUGCCUAGAGCAAAGGCACGGUUGGAUAAGGCAAGGCAAGAUCUACUAUUGCCAGCUGCAACUCGAACAGCGAAAAGACAAGAACUUUUGAAGAAGUUGCAAGCAUUAACCAUUUAUUGCUCUCAAAUCGGUGACAGGAGACCCAUUUCCUUUUGCCAGUUCAGCCCUAAUUCAAAAAUCCUUGCUACAGCUUCAUGGUCAGGCUUAUGCAAGUUAUGGUCUGUACCCGACUGUACUUUGUUGCGCACUUUACAAGGACACAAUUGUAAUGUUGGCUGUAUUGUUUUUCAUCCAAAAGCUACGAUAACCGAAGAUGUGGUAGGUGAUAAUGCAGGACAAACUUGCGUGCUGGCAUCUUGUGCGGCAGAUGGUACUGUGAAACUGUGGAGCGGUGGCACUGGCGAAGAACCAUUAGCGGAAGUGGAGGGCCAUGAACCUCACAGAGUAGCCAGGAUAGCUUUUCAUCCAUCUGGACGAUUUCUCGGGACCUGUUGUUACGAUGCAUCUUGGCGAUUAUGGGAUUUGGAGCAACAAGCUGAAGUACUUCACCAAGAGGGUCAUGCUAGAGCAGUACACUGUAUUAGUUUUCAAUGCGACGGAAGCGUUUGCGCCACAGGUGGUCACGAUUCUUUCGGCAGAGUAUGGGACUUGCGUACCGGUAGAUGCAUAAUGUUUAUGGAGGGUCAUCUAAUGUCAAUUUUCGGUAUCGAUUUCUCGCCAAACGGUUUUCACAUAGCGACGGCGAGCGAGGAUAACGCUUGCAAGAUAUGGGACUUACGAAAGAGAACCUGCAUAUACACGAUACCAGCGCAUACCAAUUUGCUCUCCGACGUCAAGUAUCAGAGAACAGAAGGGCAAUACGUGGUUACCGCAUCUUAUGAUAAUACAGCCAAAAUUUGGUCCAACAAGACAUGGCAGCCUCUCAAGAUGCUACCUGGCCACGAUGGAAAAAUCAUGUCCGUUGAUGUGUCGCCCGAUAAUAAAUUUAUUGCAACUAGUUCGUACGACAGAACUUUUAAGUUAUGGGCUCCAGAAUGAAAGACGAGAGAAUAUAAAAAUUUAUCUUCUUAGGAUUUUUUAUGUAAUAUUGCAUAAAAUAUUUAUGUGGAAGCAUCUGAUUUGUUCAUAACAUAAUUGCAAUUUUGUGGAAAUUGCCAUAUUAAUUUCAUAUUACAAUCAUGUAAUUUUGUAUGACAAAUUUUUUUAUAAAAAUGCAUACAUCUGAAAAUGUGUAACAUGUUUUUCGUUUAUAUUGGAAAUGUAUUUUUUGUUCUCUGAGAGAAAUAUGUCUUCCGUGAAAUGGGUUUUAUAAUCGGAUAUAAACUUUUGACGUUAUUUAUAACUAGGGCAGCUGCCUGUUCAAUAGCGCACUGCUGUUGUGCCGACGUUUAUAUUCAACAAAGAGUCACAAACGCGUUAACUGCAGGAUCCAAACUCUCGUGCCUAGGUUUGUUGAGUGCACGUUCAGAAUGAGUAUCGAAAGAGGAAGACUUCACAACUGUUACGUUAUUAACAAAGUUUCGAAAUUUUGAGAACGACAAUACAUCCUUCAGAACUUCUAUGAUUCUUGUAUCGUUCUACUGACAGAGAGAAUCACUAUUUAAGAUGUAAUUUAGCUUUUUCCAUUUUCAGUUGUGUUCAAGUGUCUGUUGAUAUUACGUACGGAAUAUAUUUUUGCGUAUUAACAAAAAUAUUUAUUAUUUUGGGAUUAUGAUAAAAAAUUGGGUGACAUACUC